UCAUCCCUAAGUAAUGCUCAUUCAUAGGGGAGACAGGCAGGGCAGCAGCACUGACAAACUUUAAUUGUGUCUACGGGUUCUACACACCCACCUCCUGGCAUGGGAUAUUAAUUCAAGGCACCAAGCUGAGGAAGAUGAAGGUUACAAACAUGUUGGCCAAAGCCCAAUUUGACAACAAGGCCGACAGCCCAGAUGAACUGACCUUCCGUAAAGGGGACAUCCUAACUGUGCUGGAACAAAAUAUCCCUGGCAGCGAAGGUUGGUGGCGCUGUAACCUUCGUGGCCGGCAGGGCCUUGUUCCCGCCAACCGCCUUCAGCUCUUUACUAUUACAAAUGAUACUUCAUCUGCCCAGAUUGACUAUGGCACCCUUGGAAGGCAACAGUCCCAACAGAACAUCUACCAGGUGCCCUCAGCACCCAAAAUAACAAAUCUGUCAACAUACGAGCAGAUGAAUGGUGUUUAUAUAGUGCCACUGACUUCAAAAUCAGUUUCCGGUGAUCUCUACCAGACCCCCAUUUCUUCACCAGCGCAAAUAUACUGUGAGAAAGCCAACAGUGCCUCUAGCCAGCAUUUAUUUACUCUCCCACGGGCCUCCCGAGCCUCAAACCCAGCUUCUAUAGCACAAGCAGAGGUGUAUGACAUUCCUCCUUCAGUUCACAUUACACCGCCCAGCCACCAGAGCUCCGCAGCUCCAUCUCCUGUUGGCCGCCAUUCUCCGUUUUCUGCAUCACCUGAGCAAAUACAGCAGCAGAUCUACGACAUCCCGGCCAGCACAGAAACUCCAGGACGACGCGGCAUCACAGAGAUUUAUGAUAUUCCACCAAGUGGUAAAUCUCAGCCGGACAGAAAAGACGCGUCACUCAAGGGUUGCUAUUACAAAACUUUACCUCCCCCUCACAAAUCAGACUGGAUUUAUGAUAUCCCCAUGUCUCUGGAGAAGAAAGAUAUAAAAACUUGCCGUAAGAUAUCUCUAGACAGACAAAUGGUCUAUGAUGUUCCACCGACGCGGUACGGAACACUGCAGACCAAUUCAGAAGGCACCUGUGUAACAAGCCAGAUAUACAACGUUCCUCCCUUGCAAAAAACACCACCAGUGGCCUGUCAGCCUGUUUAUGAUAUUCCACCUUCUCUCGAUUUGGGAUAUGGGAGUAUGAAUAAAAACACUGCGAGCAUUUGGAAACAGAGAGUCGAGAAGAUUGAUUCCAAGGAAAAUGUCUAUGACAUUCCAAGGGGGCCGACAGGAGCUUCCUUGUCAAAAACUGAAAUGGCCAGUCCUGCUAGUGAUAUGCCUAUCUAUGAAGUUCCUCCACCACUGCCCAGGUAUAAAAAUGCUUACCUAAACUCGGCUGAAAUUGAUAGGUUGUCUAUAUCCAGCUCUGAAAGCUGUACCAGUACAUUGUCUUCUUCAUCAUCUGCAUCCGAUGAAUCCUUCGCCAUGUCAUCAUCAGAGGUUUCAAUCAAACAGGAGACUCUAGAGCUUGAUGUGACCAUAAAGGAGAUCACCCAACUGCAGGAACGAGUGUCCAGCUCAAUAGCAAGCCUAAUGAUUUUUGUCAGCAGCAAAUGGAGAUUACAGGAGCAUAUGAUGGCCAACCUGGAAGACAUCCACAAAGCAGUUGACAGCAUCAUAGCCUCCUUGCAAGCGUUUCUUGACUUUGCACAGAGAAUAAGGGCCAGUGCUUCUCAGCUGAAAGACAGUAACAUUCAGCUAAGAAUUAAAACACAAUUACAGACUCUUACAGACUCGUUCCAGGUGCUCUCUCAUAAUCAGGAUGCCAUUGACCGGUGCAACUGGUCAUUGCAAGCGCUCGUGAUCGACCACCCUCAUACAACUCUGGAUGACCUUGAUCGAUUUGUUAUGGUGGCUCGAACCAUUCCUGAUGACAUCAAGCGAUUUGUUUCCAUCAUCAUAGCUAAUGGGAAGCUCCUUUUCCGAAAGCAUGAGGAGCAAACCAAGCCGAAGGAGGAGAUAAUGGCAUCAAAGUGGAAGGAGGAAAUAAUGGCAUCAAAGACUCAGGUUCCUCCACAUAAAGAAACCAAUGUAGGCCAGCAAUCAACAUGUGUCAACAAAGCAGAGAAUGUAAGGCAAAGAAAACAUCUGUUCUCAAGGCAAAAAGCAAUAGAAGACAGUGAUUAUGUCCACUUGCAGAAGAAAGAAGAAUUUGAGAAGGCAAAGGCUAUCUUUUCACAUCAGCAGCUUGAAAAUAAAACGCAAAUUGAUGAAAAGAGGAAAGGCUGGAUCACACCAGAAUCUGUGAUUUCCGGGAGUGAGAAGCAGGAAAAGAGGGAUGAAUUACCCACAACAAAGGAGCCUCUCACCCCGACACCAAAACAAGACGCAUCACACUCAACACAAUCGCCCAAGAAAUUCAACCUCUCUGAACAUUCCUGCCUCUACUUUGGGGCCCUUCAGAAAGCCAUUGGGGUUUUCAAUAGCAGCCUUAGCAACAACCAGCCCCCCGAGAUCUUUAUCACUCACGGCAAGCUCAUCAUUAUGGUCGGGCAGAAACUAGUAGACAGUGUAUGUCAAGACGUAAAAGCCAGCGAAGUCCGUAAUGACGUUCUGUUCAAGAGCAGCGAGCUUUGUGGCCUACUGAAGGACUUGGCCUUGGCCACCAAGACAGCCGCCAUUCAGUAUCCCAACCCAGCCGCCUUGCGGGACAUGGAGACGAGAAUGGACCAGCUAUUAAAACAUACACAGAUAUUCAGGGCAAUGGCAAAAUGAUGAUGUCUCCCACUUUCUGACUUUGUGUCUUAUUAAUUGCUCUUCUUUGGAGAUAAAACAUGCACUGAGCAGGUGGCGUUGAGGAAUCAAGACAAAUAAAGUGGACAUCUCCAUUACUAAAUAGUGAUGAGGUUAGGUUACCCUGCUAUCUGGCCAAGAGUUCCUUGAAGGUGUGCAGGUGGCACAGGACAGUCAGGUGGAGUGGGUUAUGCCUAGGAACUUUAGGAGGCUUAGUCCUUAGUUUGAUACUUUAUUUUGUGCCUCUGUAUUUCGCCUUCCGUCAUACAUUAGAUUGCACUCUGUUGCUAAAGGGGAAGUUCAACUUCAUACUAUCUUCUAGGGCCAUCAUUUUGGGAGUGAAAUAAAUUAUUCUCCUAAAAAUUCUAGAUUGUUACAUGUUGCUGAGCCAGCAUUACAGUAUUAUUUACAUCAUACAUAGGGCAUUGGAGUAUUCUGGAGAGGGGGGGUGGUAAUUAUUGAAAAAUCAUCAUUAACUUUAAAUUUUUCUUAAAAAUAAUUUAUUUUUGUUGACUGUUUCCAUCCAGGAGAAAAUCAUAGUCCUGUUCCACCAACAUAGGCUCUGACUGGCACCACAGCAAUUACUAAUCUUUUCUAACUAAAAAAUAAGCUAUGUGAUUGGCUACCUUAGGUUCCUGCAGAAUUCUGUGUGUGAUAAAGGUCCAGUAACACCAAAGGCUAUGGGGUAAAUUUAUCAAAGAGUGAAGUUCCGCCACUAGAGUGAAAUUCUGCAGCUCUCAAUUCAUUUCUAUGGA